AUGCAUUUUCCAGAGAGAAAGGAAUCGUUGGUGACGUAUCGGCUGCUCUUGCUCCUGUUGUGUGGUUGGGAAUCGGUUUCUGGACAGCUCUCCUAUUCCGUUUCGGAGGAGGUAAACCCGGGGACAUUUGUGGGAAAUCUCGCCAAGGAUUUAAAUCUGAAUGUACAUGAGCUGGAGUCGCGUACCUUUCAGAUUGUCGCUGGUUCCAAGAAGAAAUAUUUCGAGGUGAAUAUAAAGACCGGCAUUUUGUUUGUGAAUGAGAGAAUUGACAGAGAGGAGCUUUGCCCGAACGCAGUCAAAUGUGUGGUUAAUGUAGAAGCUGUUAUUAAUAAUCCUCUAAGACUUUAUGGCGUGGAGGUUAAUAUUGUGGACGUUAAUGAUAAUGCUCCCUCUUUUCGAGUAAAACUACAAUAUAUCAAUAUAACCGAAAACACAUUGCCAGGAGUACGGUAUCCUUUACUCGGGGCCUAUGAUGCCGACGUGGGUAAAAAUGCUGUAAACACGUACAAGCUGAGUCCGAAUGAGCACUUUUCUCUAGAUUUGCACAAAGGGGAGAGUGUAUCGGUUGGCUUGGUGCUACAGAAAGCUUUAGAUCGAGAGAAACAAUCCGUUAUUAGGCUCAUACUGACAGCUUUGGACGGAGGGAAUCCGCCGAGAUCUGGAACCAUGCAGAUUAUUGUGAAUGUCUUAGACAUUAACGAUAACACUCCGGUUUUCAGCAGUUCUUUGUAUAAAGUUAGUAUCUUUGAAAAUAUACCACCAGAAACAUCAAUAAUAACUCUGACUGCAACGGAUCUAGAUGCCGGUUCAAACGGCGAAAUCGCGUACUCUUUUAGUAAGCUUGAGCAAGGGCGUAUAUUAGAUAUAUUCACAAUCGAUCCCAAAUCGGGUGUAGUUACAGUGAAGGGAGUAAUAGAUUUUGAACAAAAUAACGCGUUUGAAAUUCACGCUGAAGCUAGCGACAGAGCUCAGCCACCUAUGGUCGCUCACUCUAAACUGUUGAUUGAAGUGAUGGAUGUCAAUGAUAACGCUCCUCAAAUAACAGUGACAUCCCUCUUGAACAGAGUAAAAGAAGACACAAAGAUAGGCAGUGCCAUAGCUCUUGUUUCAGUCCUUGAUGUAGAUGGCGGUAAAAACGGAAUCGUUAAUUGUCACAUUUCUAAUGAAUUCCCAUUUAAGCUAGAAACAAAUUAUAAGAGCUAUCACUCUCUGGUAGUUAACGGGCCGCUGGACAGAGAGACCGCUUCUGAGUACAAUGUCACCAUCACAGCUACUGAUGAGGGGACUCCGCCUCUCUCCAGCACCAGCGUCAUCACUGUACAUGUCUCUGAUGUAAAUGACAACGCACCUCACUUUCCGGCGCCAUUGAAUAACGUGUAUGUGAAGGAAAAUAGUCCCGUGGGGUCUGUGAUCUACACUGUAUCCGCCUUUGAUCCUGAUUUAAACGAAAAUGCAAAGGUUUCCUAUUCUUUAUUGGAGACUUCGGCGAAAGGUGCAGCCCCCUCGUCCAUCUUUAAAUUGAACUCUUUUAGUGGGGAAAUAUAUAGCUUACAGUCUUUCAACUAUGAAGAAGUAAAAACGUUCCAGUUUCAAGUUCAGGCAACCGACUCUGGUGUUCCUCCACUCAGCAGCAGCGUGACAGUGAACGUUUUUAUCCUGGAUGAGAAUGAUAACAGGCCGGCGGUUCUUCCACCUUAUUCUGACCAGGGCUCCGUUAAUACUGAGAACAUUCCCUAUUCUGCUGAAGCGGGCUACUUUGUGGCCAAGAUCAGGGCUGUAGACGCAGACUCUGGUUACAAUGCGCUGCUUUCUUAUCACAUCACUGAACCCAAGGGAAGCAGCCUCUUCCGAAUCGGAAGCAGCAGCGGGGAAAUAAGGACUAAGAGACGAAUGAGUGACAAUGACUUGAAGACUCACCCGUUGGUGAUUUUGAUAUCUGACCACGGAGAACCUUCCCUCUCAGCGACUGUAUCUAUUGAUGUUGUAGUUGUUGAAAGCACAGAUGAAAUACAGACAUCCUUUAAUCAGUUGCCGAAAAAGGAGGACACAUUUUCGGAUUUAAAUCUGUAUUUGCUGAUCGCUAUUAUCUCGAUUUCAAUUAUACUGCUAUUGAGUAUAAUUAUUUUAAUAGCUGUUAAAUGCCACAGGACUGAUGGCGGGUUGAGCAAGUACAGCGCUCCAGUGAUCACCACACACCCUGACGGGAGCUGGUCUUACUCCAAAUCUACUCAGCAGUAUGACGUGUGUUUUAGCUCAGACACGCUGAAGAGUGACGUUGUGGUUUUCCCUACACCGUUUCCGCCUGCAGACGCGGAGCUCAUCAGUAUUAAUGGGGCGGACACCUUUAAACGAAAUCAAACUCUUCCCAACAGCGAGAAGGUAAGAAUGAGAUUUCUCAACUGUAUAUAA